GUUUAGUUGAGUUGAGCAUAUGAGUAUCGAGAGAAGAGGAGUUAAGGAGAAGAGGAGAUGGAGAAGCUUAGGGAGUUUGGGAGUGGAUGGUACAGACGUCCGUACAAGGCCGUACUGACCGUAAAAGGCCGAACCAUCCAGCAUCGACCAAGACUUACCUUGCAUCACCCAAGUAACACGGUAACUAAGGAGGAGUUACUUUGGGGGCUUAAGGAGAAGGGAUUAGACCGUUGAAAGGAUAAGGGAAGAGCGUGCCAGGCUGGAACAGGCUGUAAAGAGGCAAAGGAUGUGAGCCUUUCCAUCCAAUCAUCCGUAAAGCAGCCCUUGACUCUACAUGCUUCAAUAGUUCCCAUUUCGACUCUUGUAAAUCCUUAUGCUCUCCAUAUAAAUAUGUAACCUCACUCAUUAAUAAGAUUAAGCAGUUCUGAGUCUCUGUAAUCUCUUAAGUCACAAUGAUUCUCUCUUAGACACUAAACUUCUCUCAAGUCUCUUAAUCUUUCAUAAUCGCUUUCUAAUCUCUACUUAAACUCUCACUUAUAUUCUAGUUACUCUAAGGAUCUCUAAAUCUCAUACCCUUUGAUUUCGUGUUGAUCUGUGCUACUUGGGUCGAAAUCUGAUAAAAUAGGGUUCUUUGAUCUUGUUUCUGGUAUUAGACUCUUUGGUUCCUUGUUGAAAAAGUUACAGAUUUCUUUUGUUGUUUUUGAAUCUAAUAAAACAUUGAGAAAAUCGAUCUGUUUCUGUAUUUUGGUGUUGAUCAAUUCUGUUAAUUAAUUUUGAUCUGAUCUUGUCAUAAUUUAAGUUUAAAAUUGAUCAGAGAAUUUUAGAGUUUGAUUUUCGUUUUGGAUAUGUUUUUCUGAUAAAAUUAACUUUGAUCCAAACUGUUCUGUUUUAAAAAAAAAAUUAAAAACUUGCAAUGAAUCUGUGUGUUGUUUAUUUCUGAUUGUUUGUUUCCAUUAGAACUUCUUACUGGCUGUGUCUUUCUUGUGCUUCAGGAACCAUGGCAAGAGAUCGAGAAGGAGGAAUCAACACUGCUAAGAUUGCUACUUUGCAGAAGAUAAUGAAAUUCAGAAUGGAACAACAGCAGAUGCAUGAUGAGCAUAUGCAGAAAAGGAGAAUGCAUAAUCAAGAGCUUGAUCCCAAACCACCAGAUUCUGUCCAAUACAGAUCAAGCAAGCAUAAGUGCUAUAAGGAAGAGGAACCAGGACGUGGCCAGCAAUCUCUCAAGCAGCCAGCCAACACUUUGAGCCAAUAUCAUCAAACUUCUCUUACUCCUAAAUCAAUAGAUCAUUUUUCUAAAUACAAAUCUUCUAAUGAUAUUCAACUGUAUUCUUUUUCAGGAAAAGGUGACUAUUUUGAGUGGGAAAGAACCAUGGACAGGUGGCUUUGGUACAACAGAAUCCUUAAGAAAGAAAGAUUAGCUUUUGCAAUAUCCCAGCUCAAAGGAAAUGCUUAUAAGUGGUGGUUGCAAGAAGAAGAUGAUCGCAGGUUCUACAAGGAACCAGCUAUCACCACUUGGGAAAGUCUGAAGUUGUUACUAAGGGAUAAGUAUGCAUCCAAAGGCCACACAUCUCUGAAAUCUCCAAAGAAGAAAGUCAUAUCCGCAACAGACUUCAAAAGUGAAAAAUCAGAAACCAAGAUGGCUGAUUAUGAGAAAGAAAUCAGCAGCCUUGUUAAGGAGAUUCUUAAGACCAGCAAGCACUUAGACAAGCAGAAGAAGCUCCCAAAGAAUCGAGAACCAGUUGCUACUGUCUCAGAUCUCAAAGAUGAAGAACCUUAUGUUAUCUUUUAUUUCUAAGUACUUAUGUCUUUUAUUUUCGAAAACUCUAUCUAAGUUAUGUCUUUGUUUCUACAUUAAUUGAAGGAGCCUGUUCCUUUAAUUUCAAA